AUGUCUCCAAGAAUGAGGGAACAUUUAAGAAGUAAGCGCAAUGGUUCUAAAGUUGGAAAGGUCCUUAAGCAGUUGACCCAAAUUACUGAGAACAUCACGAAGGUGGUGAACAGGGAACACCGAAAUCCUGAGCUUGAUGCCUAUAAUAAAGUCUUUAAGAGGGUAGCUGCAGCUAAACCACCUGUUUACUUGGGAAGAGAGGACCCAACCAGCCUUGGAAACUGGAUUAGGGAGUUUGACAAGCUAUUUGAUGCUAUCAAUUGCCCAAGUGAGCUGAGGGUGAACAAUGGGGUUUACUACUUGAGGGAGGAAGCUGACUUAUGGUGGGCCAAAAGAAAGGAUAAGUUGCUGAAAAGACCAAACUUUUGGUGGGAUGAGUUCAAGGAAGUCUUGAGAGAAAAGUUUUACCCUUCCUACCUUAGAAAGAAGAAGUGUAUGGAGUUUACCAACCUAAGAAUGGGAAACAUGUCAAUUAGUGAAUACUACAAAAAGUUCAUUGAGUUGAUGAGGUUUGCCCUGGAAGUAGUCCCUACUGAAACCAUUAAGGCUCAAAGAUUUGAGCAAGGCCUAACCUUGACCCUCCUAGGGAAGCUAGAGGGAGUGACUUUUGAGACCCUAGAUGUAGUCUAUGGCCGUGCAGCCCAUCUGUACGGAAUUAAGGGGAGGGAGAUGGAGCAGGUGGGAGAGAAAAGGAAGAACCCAGACUCUUUUUAUGGGGGUGAAAAGAGGCACAAGCCCUAUGGAAAUUUUCAAGGGAAUUCUGGAGAUAGGAGGGACAACAAGGGGAAUUUGAGGAAGGGGAAUGGGGGACAGUCAUCCAAACAUAAAGGGAAUGGGAAACAAAUGGAUGAGAAGCCCAAGAGGAAGUAUUUCUGCAAGAGGUGUGAGAAAGACCACCCAAGGAAGGACUGUGAGGGAAACCCAGUAACUUAUCGUUACUGUCAGAAGUUGGGACACCGUGAGUAUGAGUGUUUCAAGAAGGAAGUUGAUGUUAAGUUUGGGAAGGUGAAAGAGUCUAGUGCACCUAGUAAACCACCUAAGUCUAGUGGACCUACAACCAAGGCUGGAACCAGUAGCGGUACGGGAGGUGCCCCAAAGGGUAGUGUGUUUGUGAUGAAUAGUCGGCAAGCUGAGUCUGCUAAUGAUGUCGGGGCGUCGCAUUCUUUUAUUUGUAAGGAAGUAGUUAGGAGGCUCGGGUUAAAGAGUCCUGAGUCAGUUUCUCUAGAUGUGUCUAUUCUGUCUGGGGAAGUGAGGAGUUGUUCGAGAUUGUUUUUGAGUGUGCCUAUUUCCAUCUUUGGGGUUGAGUUUCUAGCUGAUUUGAUCGAAUUCGACUUGAAUGACUUUGAUGUGAUUCUAGGUAUGGAUUGGUUGGGAAAUGUUCAAGAGGUUGAAAGUGAGGAAAAGAAAGGUAUAGAGGGUAUUUCUGUUGUAGAAGAGUUUCCAGAUGUGUUUCCGGAUAAGAUUCUUGGUAUGCCACCAGUGAGAGAUGUUGAGUUCACUAUCGAUCUAGUGCCUGGAACUGGACCUAUUUCUAAGGCUCCAUAUAGGAUUUCUCCAGCUGAGUUGAGGGAGUUGAAGACCCAGUUGGAUGAUUUGUUGGAGAAAGAUUAUAUUAGGCAUAGUUCAUCACCUUGGGGAGCUCCAGUAUUGUUUGUGAAGAAGAAAGAUGGAAGUAUGAGGUUGUGUAUAGAUUAUCGAGAGUUGAACAAGGUGACAGUGAAGAAUAAGUAUCCAUUACCAAGGAUCGAUGAUUUGUUUGACUAG